AUGGAUAGCCUCGCACCGACUGUUUGGUUCAUAACCGGCGCCAAUCGGGGUAUCGGUCUUGAGCUAGUGAACCAGCUUCUGCAAUCUCCUUCCAACGAGGUCUUCGGCGCGUGUCGCAAUCCUGUCGACGCAGCAUCCCUUCACGCUCUCGCGGGCCCUGGAAAGGGCACGUUGCACAUCAUCGCACUCGACAUCAACGACUCCGCGUCGAUCGAGGCUGCCGCGGCCGAGGCAAAGGCGGCUCUCGGCGAGCGCGGCAUCGACUACUUGAUCAACAACGCCGGUAUCAACCCGGGGUGGGGGGACUCCCCGCCCGUCAUGACCGUUGACAACAUGCUGGCCGCGUUCCGAACCAACGUCAUUGGCCCGGCGCUCAUGGUCCAGACGUUUGCGCCGCUCGUCGCGCGUGGCGGGAAGAAGGCCAUCGUGAACGUCUCUAGCACGAUGGGUAGCAUCGCAUCACGGAAGCCGCAGAACCAGCACUCGUCGUACUCGAUCUCGAAGGCGGCGCUCAACAUGCUGACGGGCAAGCUCGCGGACUCUUACCCGGACCUCACGGUCAUUGUGAUGUGCCCUGGGUGGUUGGAGACGGAUAUGGGCGGAGCUGGCGCUGGACAGCUACCUGUGUCUACGGGAGUUGGAGGUAUCAUCAAAGUAGCCCAGGGACUGAAGCACGAGGAUUCAGGAUCGUUCAUCGAGUACACGGGAAAGCGCGUGCCCUGGUAG